AUGGAGCUCUUUGCGGAUACAGUUCCUAAAACCGCUGAGAACUUCCGUGCUCUUUGCACUGGCGAGAAGGGCAAAGGGCGUUCUGGGAAGCCGCUCCAUUACAAGGGGAGCGCGUUUCACCGAGUGAUCCCAGACUUCAUGUGUCAGGGGGGCGACUUUACCCGUGGCAACGGCACUGGCGGCGAGUCUAUCUAUGGUGAAAAGUUCCGCGACGAGAACUUCAAGCACAAGCACACAGGACCCGGAAUCCUGUCAAUGGCCAAUGCUGGGCCAAACACCAAUGGCUCUCAGUUCUUCCUGUGCACUACCGCCACCCCACACCUGAACGGAAAGCACGUAGUCUUUGGCAAGGUGGUGGAGGGGAUGGAUGUUGCGCGGAGCUCAGGUUUGAAAGUGACCUGA